CAACUGUGCAUCAUACUGCGCAUUCUGCACAUUUGCACUUGCGGUACAAUGAGCAUGCCAAUUUUGAGUCGGAACACGCUUUUGCGUUUUCGUUCGGCUUCUGCAGUACUGAAUACUGUCAGGAAGAGACAAUACAAUUUUGCCUCCAGACAGUAUGUUGCUUGUUUCGGUGAUCUACCUCCUGUCGAUACUGACAAGCUCCGAAAGGAUGCACUGAAGUAUCUGGAUAGUUUCGAUCCCAAACUGUGGUACGACAAGCCUAUAGUGACUCACCUGCAGGGUCACAGUUUGGCCAGCGGCGACAAGGAUGCCAAGUCGAUCACUACGACGGAUGCAUUCCAAAAGGAGAAUGGCUUGCAGAUUCUCAGCAGUCCCAAAGUUGUGGACAGAGUAAUCCAGCACAUACAGACUUACCAAGCCCCUGACAAGGAUUUGCGGAAGGUCGUGAGGAGUAUCGAAAGCGAAAUCCUUUUCAACGAGAGCGCGGCUAUGCUAAUUGGAAACCAGGCGAAAGAUUUUGGCAAGCAGGAUGGGGUUACUGAGAUUGAAGAGUCGCACAUGGCAAACACCGUCGAGCGGCGGUUGAAUGAUAAGCUCUUCGAAGACGAGACGAAAGGCAUGCUGCACAUUGAUCGCAGCCCUGCACUCGUAGGCUGUGUGUCCAAUUUCACGAACUUUCUGGAUCUUUGCCGGAAAACUCUGCGCAAUCUGGAGUUGGGCAUCCCCGUGGUAGUGCUGUCGCGGUCAAACACCGUACAGCAUACCUUUAGAUGGUUCAUGAUGCUACAGGAGUAUAUGCAGAAACACGGGCUGGACGCAGGCAUGGUGACAUACGUCUCAUGUGAUAUUGAGCAACAGCGCCGUAUUAUGAGCGAAUGCAACGGCAGCCCACUUUACUUCACAGGCGCUCGUCCAGUAGCGAAGGCGAUCAAAGAUAUCCUCCCGAAUACUUUCUCCUCCACCGGAGGCCCGAAUACGAUGGUAGCCACACACCUAACGGGCCCUGUCAAUGAGGCUGUGAUUAUGUCAGCCGCGAUAGAGAACAGUGGCCAGUGUACCGCUCUACGUCAUCUGGUCACACCAAACUGCACCGAUGGAGUUCUUGAAGACAUAUUCUCCCGCGAAAAUUUGCAAGUGGUGGAUCAAGCCAGUGAUAGUCUGCGGGUGGAGGGCUUCAGUGCGCAAUUAAAAGGCUGGGCGGAGACAUUCGGAAAAGAAGUACCUGAAACUCACACUCAGCACUCAGAGAAGGCGCCUGUUGCAUACAGGAUCUCCGCAUACACACCCAAAACUACGGAAAGCAAUGCGCACGUCAGUACCCAGUCGUUGCCAUACGGAAUCGAUGAACACUGGCGCAGAUGUUUUGUGGAUGUAACGACGACAGCAGAUGUGGAGACUCUGUCCUCGGAGGCGUUUGUAAAUGAUCUUUGUCGCUGGUUAGUGACUGAGCAACCCAUUACACUGAGUGUCAACGCGCCAGACAGCAUUGAGCGAGAGAAGGGGUGGCCUCUAGCCAUGAGGUUGUUCGAGAAAACUGCUCAAGUCGUGUAUUCAAUAGGUGAUACUGAGAAGUCACCCGCGCUCUCGUGCCAGGCCCGCCCGCAAGAGGCUGAAGUGUUUGGUGAGUUCCCGCCGAGAUCAGUACUGUCAACAUACACCAAAUUCCCUGUAAUAGUGCCCUCCUCCACACCGGGAUAUAUGACCACUUACACCCAUCUACACCUGCUCAACGAGGCCGCUAAGGCGAAGGAGUUUGAGGCGUGCAAAGCAGUGCGAUCGCUAUGGUCUUGUGUAAAGAAUAAAGUCGAUACAGACUCACAGACGCAUGUGCACGGGUACCUGGCCAUGCUGAGUGACUAUAUAUACGAUGCAACACAAAGUGGGCCACACAAGGGCUAUGGCGCCCGUACCGCGCUGUGGGGUCUGCAGAGACCACCAAUAAACGGACAGAUGACUGAAAUACGCAUACCCACCUCAGACGUGGAUACGUGCACGCAGGCGUUACCCUACAUUCUACCUUUCUACAUGACUAAUGCACGCGAACAGGUGCGAGUGUCCAUGACCUCGGGAGACGAUGAAGGAAAGAACUUUGCGAAGGAAUUGGAGAAAGCAUGCCCAGGUUUGCAGAUUGUCUGUGAGGCGCAAACGGACUUCGAUAUGCGAGUGCAGACGGUGAAUCCAUGGAACGCGCUUGUGAUUGGUCGAGACACUGGUACUGGUUCCCUGCUGCUAAAUGACCAGUACCCGCUGGUGGACAAGUUUGUGAGUGUGCUGAUGCCGUUGGGUCAUAUCAAAUCCACUCGAUCAGACGAUACUGAAUUCCUGGAAGCCUUCUCUCGUUCACAUAAAUGGCUGCGGGCUCAGUGAUGCCCCGCCAUCGAGGAAGCAGGUGAUGCUGGGACCCACAGUGCUACCGCAAUGAGAUUGAAACUGAGCGCUCCGAAUGAUAACGAGAUGACUUCAUACUGAACCAAAUAUACAAUAAACUCCUAGCUCACGGUGUACAAAUUAGUGUUCGCUUCUUCCUCCAAUAAAGCCAUUCUAAUGCGUA